UCCCCGCAAGCCCGCGGGAGGCUGCGGGACGAGGGCGGUGCCUGCGGGCCGCUGCCGCCCGGGGGAGGGGAUGGCGGGCGGGCGGGCAGGGCGCUCCCCGCGGCCACCCUCCCGCCCACACGGCGCGGCGGCGGCGCGGGCAGCAUGUGGGCCGCGGCCCCUCUCCUCUUCCUCUUCCUCCUCCUCCUGCUGCUGCUGCUGGCGCGGCUGUGGCGGCGCGGGACGGCGCCGCUGGAGCCGGCCGGCCGGGCCGUGCUCAUCACCGGCUGCGACAGCGGCUUCGGGCACCUGCUGGCGCUCCGCCUCCACCGCCUCGGCUUCACCGUCUUCGCCGGCUGCCUCUGCCCCGGCGGCGAGGGGGCGAAGCGGCUGCAGCGGGAGGCCGGCGCCGGCACCGGCCGCCUGCGCGUCCUGCGGCUCGAUGUCACCCGCGCCCGCGACGUGCUGGCCGCCAAGGAGCUGGUGCUCAGCCACCUGCCCGAGCGAGGUUUCUGGGGGCUUGUCAACAAUGCAGGAAUAUCAACAUUUGGUGAGACAGGGUGGCUGUCUAUGGAGAAAUAUGAAAAAUUUGCAGAUGUGAAUCUCCUUGGGAGCAUCAGGACAACCCUGGCAUUUCUUCCCCUUCUAAGGAAAUACAAGGGACGUAUUGUUUUCAUGUCCAGCAUUAUUGCCUAUUUUGCUCUGGGAAAUGGCAUUUAUUCUAUGACCAAGGCAGCUAUUGAAAAAUUUUGUGAUGCUCUAAGACUGGAAAUGAAGAAGUUUGGUGUCCGGGUCUGUAUUAUUCAGCCAGGAAAUUACGCACGCUCUACAAAAAUUCAGCCACCAGUCAGUGCUGAAGAGAUUUGGAAUGAACUCAGUGAAGAGGAAAAGGCAGUUUACAAUAAGGAGUAUGUUCAAGAGCGGGCAAACUUUUUCAACAGCAUUCUCAGCGAAGGAAGCACUAAUGGCAACGAGGUUGUAGAUGCUAUGGUAGAUGCUUUAACGUCUCCGGCACCCAAGGCACGUUACAUGGUGGCAAAGCUGAAGGAAAAAGCCCUGGUGUUUGUGUGCGCUUUAUUCCCCACCGUUGUGAUGGAUUCCAUUUUGUCAUACGCACUGAGUAAAGUAAAACUUGCAUAGCCUACAUUGGUACUGGUCAGUGACUCAGGCAGGGCAGUUUUUUAAAAAUGUGAAAGCCAGGGUUGAAUCUAAUGCCCCCAGAAAUCACUAUAAUGACACCAGGUAACUGAUACAAAUUUUGGAGGGUCUCCCUAGUCAGAACUGUCACUUUGUCAUAGGGGCACAAAAUACAGGACCCCAGGUAAAUUUAAUACAUUUCUUUAGGUAACUUUAUUUCUCCCAUGUGGAAAAAAAAAAAAAAAUGGCCACUUAAAUUUUCUAGGCAAUGCCUAAAGCAGCAUAACGCAGCUUUUUCUAAUGCAAUACCAGGUUACUGUGUUACAGACCUGACAGAGACAAAAUGGAGCAUAUCCUACAGGGCAACUGCACACCUGAAAUCAUUACAGCAGACAUGCAAACACCUUAUUUGUAGGAACCCGACUAGUAAUUUUUUAGAGGUGAUGGGAAGAGGUUAAUGGAAAAGUUAGGAAUGAGCAAUAGACCAUGAAAUACUUUGAAUGGAGUUAAGUGGCUGUAGAAAGUUAGGAAGAGUCGAAUAAUAAAGUUGUAACAUGGAAGCAGCGCCUUGGCUGACUACAGUUUAGCACUUUUUCAGGUGUUCUGGAUAAAUCUGUAACAAAGCUAAUAUGUCAUGGACUUUGGAAAAUAAGUAGCAUAUUCCAUUUGCAAAUGAGUAUUCAAUCCUAAAUAAA